CCCGCCCCGGCCCCGGACAGCCCCCUGACCCCGGCCGGGGAGAAAGCGGUCGAGGGAAAGAAAGUCAGGAGAAAGGCGAAAACCCAAGGGAGGCCGAAAGGGCCAAAGGAGGAGGGCCGUGGCCCGAAGGCGAGACAGAGAGACGCAGCCGAGAGAAGGGGAGAUGGGCACCCCUGGGGAGGGGCUGGGCCGCUACUCGCAUGCCCUCAUCCGCGGGGUCCCGGCGGCCCUGGGCGAGGAGGGCUCCAGGGAAGGGCCCCUCCUCGACCUGGCAAAGGCGCAGCGGGAGCACGGGGUGUUGGGGGGGAAACUGAGGCAACGGUUGGGUCUGCAAUUGCUGGAGUUGCCUCCGGAGGAGGGUCUGCCCCUGUGUCCCCUGCUAGGGGACACCGCCAUCAUCCAAGGGGACACGGCCCUGCUGACCCGGCCCUGGAGCCCUGCCCGCCGGCCCGAGAUCGACGGGGUCCGCAAAGUCCUUCAGGACCUGGGGCUGCGGAUCGUGGAGGUUGGAGAUGAAAAUGCCACGUUGGAUGGGACUGAUGUGCUGUUCACAGGCCGAGAGUUUUUUGUAGGACUUUCCAAGUGGACCAAUCACCAAGGAGCGGAGAUUGUGGCUGAUACGUUCAGGGACUUUGCCGUCUCCACAGUGCCAGUCUCUGGCCCUGGCCAUCUGCGGGGGCUCUGCGGCAUGGGGGGGCCCCGGACGGUCGUUGCCGGCAGCAGCGAAGCCGCCCAGAGAGCCGUGAGGGCCAUGGCCUCACUGACCGAUCACCCCUACGCUUCCCUGACACUUCCCGAUGAUGCAGCUGCCGACUGCCUCUUCCUGCGUCCCGGCCCCGCCGGGGCGCCCCCCUUCCUGCUGCACCGUGGGGGUGGGGAUCUGCCCAACAGCCAGGAGGCCCUGCAGAAGCUCCCAGAUGUGACUCUGGUCCCCGUGUCCUGCUCGGAGCUGGAGAAGGCCGGGGCGGGGCUCAGCUCCCUCUGCCUCGUCCUCAGCACCCGUCCCCACAGCUAAGCGGGGCGGGGGGCCAGGGGCCAGGGGCGGGACCCCUCGCGGCGGAGGACGGCUGGGGAGCCGGGAGAGGGAUGACGUGUAGAAUAGUGGUGUAGUAGGGCAUAGCGGUCCAGGACGUCAGGGCGUUUUAGGAGCCCUUGGACCGGGAAGGGAGGUCGGGAUGACCGAGAGGGCCAGGGUGGCCGCGGGGGCCAGGGUAGCUGGCCAGGCUGGGGGUGGGGGGAGGCCCUGAGGAACUGGUGACCCUCUCCCAGUCAGGAACCAAUAAAGAUGGAAUGGACCUUUCCCACCCCA